GUGGGGGAGGCGAACAUGAAGAGGUUCAUCAGACGUGACCAAAGCACAGCCGCAUACCACGAUUAAACCACGCAUGACUGACCCCGCAGCCCCGUAGACCGCCACACCGCGCACUCCGAGGCGGCCAUCACUCCCAUUCCAGCUUGCUCGACGCUCUUCUCAUCGUCAUCUUCUCAAUUCUCACGUUACAGUAACCUCCCGCCCGUCUUUGUCUGCGCGUUAUUCGCCUCGCGCCGCCCUCUCCAGCCUCUUCCACACUCCCUCCCCACACUCCUUUACUUUACUCAUCUCUCUCUCGCUCAGACUGGCUCUUUUGCCAUGCUGAACCGCCACCCAUCUCCCUACUUUCCAGGUUCCGAGUCUCGCGAUGACCUCAAGUCGACUCUCGCUCCUUCACCCAAAAUCACACGCUACCCAGGCCCACUCACCGCGACCGAGCCAGAGAUCAAGUUGCGUCCCUCAUUCUCCAUCCCAAUGAUCAGUGUGACGCGUGCCGAGACCGACGACGGCCACAACUACUCAUCCUCGCAAGGAGGGCAUACCAGCAAGGCGAAUGAGGCGCGCGCGGCCGUUGAAAGCGUGCAGAAUGUGCUUGAGGAGAACAUCGCGGGGAUAGACGAAUCCCCGCCAUCAUUCCGAAGCCGACGCCGAGGUCGCCCUCUGGAACCAUGGUAUCGCAAGAAGUGGGUUAUUAUCGGAGGCGCAAGCGGCGUCAUUGUCGUCGCGAUCACUGUGCUGGUCGUGGUCAUUGUUGUGGAGACGCGCUAGCACAGCGGUCACGUGUGUACAUAUGUACGAUAGACAGGAGACUCGGAGAUCUAUGGCUGGGUGUAUCGUAAGGCAUUAUAGUGAUCCAUGAGCAGCAUGUGAGCGUGUAAUCGGGAGCGUACCCCGCCUCCACUCUCGCGCCGCGCCGCGCGCUGGACUCUGUA